AUGACGUCGUCGUCGUCACCUCAACCAUCAAAGGGUGAAGACGACGACGAGAAGAAGAACGAAAUGAACAACACCAACAUGACCAGAGAAGAGAACAACAACGAGAAGAAGAAUAGUAAAAAAGUGGACAUUGGAAUUCCAAUCAUCGAUUGGUCCGUCAAGAACUCUCCGUUUCAUAAAUUCUUCUUCGCGCAAGUCACCAAACUCAUAUCCGUCGGUCAAAUUCGACGCUUAGAGUUGGAAGAUUUAGCGCACUUGCCCGAGUUAGAGUCUUCUUUUCUGCACGAAAACUUUCAGAACGAGUGGGAAGAAGAGAAACGUUUGAGAGGGAAGAACGACAAGAAUUUAAUCAGGGUUUUACUCCGAAGACACAAGUUUACGUUCGUGUGGACUGGAUUUUUGUUCGCGAUUGCGCAAGGAGCGAUUUUUGCAGGACCUUUGUUACUGAGGGAGAUUGUGAAAGGCAUUCAGUGCAGAAAUUUUUACGCCGCCAACUCGGGGUUCUUACAAGAUGGACAAUCCGUCGACGAUAUGUGCUCGACGACGAACGAGUUGUACAUGUUUGCCGGGAUUUUAACGGGGGCGAGCAUUUUUAGCAACUUUUGCGCCGCGCAUCAGGAAUUCGCGUUGCAAAAAGUCGGCGUCGCCGUGAGGAAUACGCUGAUGGUGGCGUUGUACAGGAAAGUCUUAAAGUUGUCGCCGAAAGGCUUACAGGCGGAAAGUACCGGGAAAAUUGUCACACUAAUGUCCAACGACGUGAAUAAGUUGCAAGACUUGUUCUCUAUGAUUCACAACUUGUGGGCGGCGCCGAUUUUUAUCGUCGCUUCGUUUACGCUUUUGUACGAUGUCAUCGAAUGGUCCGCGUUUGUUGGGUUUGCGUGUAUUUUAAUCGCCGCGCCUUUCACCGCGACCGUGGCAAAGAAGUUGUUCGCGCUGAGACGCUUGGUUGUUCAGUGUGCGGACAAACGAGUGAACAUCUUGAGUGAAGUCGUGAGCGGGAUGAAGGUGAUCAAAUAUUACGCCUGGGAAAAGACAUUUAAAGGGCAAGCAGAGAAAAUUCGAGAGGAAGAGAUUAAUUUAGUGUGGAGAGCGCAAAAAAUCAGCGCGUUGUUUGGCGUCGCGUUGUUUUCCACUCCAAUUUUCAUUGCCGUGUGUUCGUUCGGGUCGUUCUCUUUGGCAGGAAAUGAGAUUACCGCGCCAACGGCAUACACGGCGUUGGCGUUGUUCAACACCUUGAGAUUUCCGCUCGUUUUAGUGCCGUUUUUGUUGACCUCGCUGUUGAACGCGUUGAACGCGAUACAACGUUUAGGCUCGUUCUUGGACCAAGACGAAAGUUUGGACGUGGAUAUUGACGGUUCGGACCCCGGGCGAGUCGUUUUGAACGACGCGUCUUUUUGCUGGCCGACGUUGCCGAAGAAACUGAAGGAGGAAGAAAAUAAGCCCGGUCAAGGAGGAGGAGCUCCACCUUCUAAAAGCGGCGCGCCAGCGACGACGGCGAGCGGAGAGGACGGUCCCAUUCAAACGAAGAAGAAACCGACAAAGAAACCAAAGCGCGUGUCGAAGAAAGAACAGAAAAAGCUGGACGAAGAGAAAGCGGCGAAGGAGAAGGAAGAGCUCGAAAAUUCGCCGCAACAAGAACCGUUUGGCAUGACGAACGUCUCCAUCAACAUCGAACCUGGAAGUUUAACCAUGAUUAUCGGCCCAGUGGGUUGUGGUAAAUCGACCUUGUUGUCCGCUCUGAAUAAAUUCAUCACGCUGAAAUCGGGUGAAAUCAAGCUCUCCGGCACGUCUUCGUUCGUCGCGCAAACGGCGUGGAUUUUGAACACCUCCGUUCGUAACAACAUUUUGUUCGGGAAACCGUACGAUUCAAAGUUGUACGAAGAUACUUUAAAACGUUCGCAACUCAUGGACGAUUUAGAUUUACUCCCAGCUGGGGAUUUGACUAUGAUUGGAGAACGAGGCGUAACGUUGUCCGGCGGUCAAAAACAACGCAUCUCCAUCGCGAGAGCGCUGUACGCAGAAUCAGACGUCUAUUUGUUUGACGAUCCUUUAUCGGCGGUGGAUAACCACGUCGGCGCGGCUUUGUUUAAAGACGUCAUCAGAGGAAGUUUGAAGAACAAAACGCGAGUUUUGGUGACGAACGCGUUGCAAUACCUUCCGCAAGCGGAUCAAAUCGUCGUCUUGGAGGAAGGUAAAGUCCAGGAAAUAGGAACGUACAAAUCGUUGAUGAGCAAAGGUUUAGACUUUUCAAAGCUAAUGAAACACCACGGAUUAGAUCAAGAAGAGAGCAGUCGCGCGAGUUUGGACGGCGAUGCGCGUAAAUCUGUCGACGAGAAAAGAAAAUCUAUGGACAUUUCUGUGGCGCAAGGAGAGCAAAAAGCGCCGGCGAAAGCGAAAAUCAUAACCGACGACAUGAUUGGUAAAGAAGAAGAGCGCUCGAUUGGUAAUGUCUCGUUAAAAGUCUACAUGGAGUUCUUCCGCGCGACUGGAACGAAGUUUUCCGCCUUGUUCGUCUUCUGUCUCUUCGGCGCCGAAUACGGAACCAAAGCGUUUCUGGAUUAUUGGCUCUCGUGGUGGGCGGAGAAUAAAUUCGGGUGGAACUCGAAACAAUACCUCGGCAUUUAUUUCGCCAUCUUCCUCGUCAACGGCAUCGCCAUCUUCUUCCGAUCGAUCGUAUUGUAUUUCUUCUGCGUGAGAGCGGCGAAGAAUUUACACAACAAACUCCUCGGGAGAGUUUUGAAAAUGCCGAUGAGUUUCUUCGACACGACACCGUCUGGACGAAUCAUUAAUCGAUUCUCUCGAGAUACGGAAACUAUCGAUUCUGUGUUACCUGGUAUUGUCGUUCAGUUCUUAGGAUGCAUAUCAAACAUCAUCACGACUUUGGCCAUCAUUUGUGCGGCAACCUUGUGGUUUAUGAUUGCGUUGCCGCCAAUCUUCUUGAUUUACAUUUCUGUGCAAAGAUUUUACAUUCCCGCCUGUAGAGAGUUGCAACGCAUCGAAUCCAUCACGCGUUCGCCCAUUUAUAGCGGAUUGGGCGAGGCUGUUUUAGGCGUUGAAACGAUUAGAGCGUACAGAGCGCAAGCGCAUUUCAUUUUGGAAGCUGAUUUGAAAGCUCAGAAAAACGCAGACGCUUUCAUCUCGCAACGCAUGGCUGCGUGCUGGUUGAAUAUGCGCUUACGAUUUAUUGGCACCGGCAUCGUCUUAUUAGCGUCCUUUUUAGUGAUUCAAGGGAAAGUCGAAGCCGGCAUCGCUGGUUUAACCUUAGUGUACGCUUUGGACGUGACGAAAUACAUGGAGCACGGCACGAACAUGGCUUCGCAACUCGAAACGCAAAUGAAUGCAGUCGAACGCGUCGUCCAAUACUUGGAUUUACCGUUGGAGAAGAAACACUCGACGGAGCCAGACGUGGCGACGGGAAUACCGGAAAACUGGCCGGCUAAAGGCAAACUCGAAAUUGUCGACUUGAGCAUGAAGUACCGAGAAAACUUGCCGUUGGUGUUGAACAAGAUCUCCUUCACGGUUUUACCGGGUCAAAAAAUUGGCAUCUGUGGUCGAACGGGAAGCGGGAAAUCGUCCAUGUUUGUCGCCUUAUUUCGCAUCGUCGAACCACAACCAGGGUCGAAAGUGUUAUUAGACGGCGUGGACGUGUCCACGUUAGGUUUGAGAGACUUGCGCUCAAAAAUGGCCAUGAUUCCGCAAGAUCCGUUUAUGUUUGCCGGGACGGUCAGGACCAACUUGGAUCCGUUCGAAGAACACACCGACGAGGAAGUUUGGUCGGUGAUUGAAAAAGUUGGAUUGAAAAACACCAUUGACUCGGCGGCGAAACAGUUGGACAUGGAAGUCAUCGACAAUGGGAGCAACUUUUCUUUAGGACAGCGGCAAUUAUUGUGCAUGGGAAGAGCGUUGUUAAGAAACUCUCGCGUGCUCAUGAUGGACGAAGCGACUGCUUCGGUUGAUAUGGAUUCGGACGCGUUGAUUCAAAAAACCGUCAGAGAGGCGUUCAGCGAGUGCACGACGUUGACUAUCGCGCACAGAUUGAACACGAUCAUGGAUUCGGAUAAAAUAUUAUUCUUGGAUAGUGGAAAAGUGACCGAAUACGACGACCCGCAGACGUUGUUAAAGAACGCGACCGGCGACUUCUCGCGACUGGUUGAGAAGUCGGGCAAGACGCAAGAGAAGAAUUUAAAACGCAUCGCCAGCGACGCUGCGAUGAAGAGGAAAGGAUCCUUGAGCGAUAUGAGCUCGUAA